AUGGCGGAGGGACGUGGAGAGCAACCGCCUCAGCCGCCAAUUCAUCUAUCUUUACCCCCGGCUAGCAAGCGACCGUGCUUGCGCCCUGCUCCCAGAGGCCCAGGUCCGGGGCCUGGACCGGGUUUUCCGAACUCUCGGUUGCACUGCCCGGAAUCUCUUUUGGACUGUGCCGCUAAGGCCGUAGCGGAGAAAUGGGCCUUCGAGAGGGUGGAGGAGCGCUUCGAGCGGAUCCCGGAGCCAGUGCAGCGCCGCAUCGUGUACUGGUCCUUCCCGAGGAACGAAAGGGAAAUCUGCAUGUAUUCGUCAUUUCAGUGCCGCGGAGCGGGCGAGGAGGGUCCCGUGGUGGGCUCGGGAGCUCCCGUUGGAUCUGGGGCUGUCCCCGGUGGAGUAUCCAACGCUGUAGGAAAUUCGGGGGCUGGGGGCACCGGAGAUGGACUGCCUUUUCGCAGGGGAAUCCGGCUUUUGGAGAGCGGUUGUGUGGAAAAUGUAUUGCAAGUCGGCUUCCACCUCAGCGGCACGGUGACGGAGCCCGCCUCCCAGGCCGAGCCGGAGACCACCCACAAGGUGGCCAUCAGCUUCGACCGCUGCAAGAUCACCUCGGUGACCUGCGGCUGCGGCAACCGCGACAUCUUCUACUGCGCCCACGUGGUGGCGCUGUCGCUCUACCGCAUCCGCAAGCCGGAGCAGGUCAAGCUGCGGCUGCCCAUCUCCGAGACGCUCUUCCAGAUGAACCGCGACCAGCUGCAGAAGUUCGUGCAGUACCUCAUCACCGCGCACCACACCGAGGUGCUGCCCACCGCCCAGAAGCUGGCCGACGAGAUCCUGUCCUCCAACUCGGAGAUCAACCAGGUCCACGGGGCCCCGGACCCCACGGCGGGGGCCAGUAUCGACGACGACAACUGCUGGCACCUGGAUGAGGAGCAGGUGCGGGAGCAGGUGAAGCAGUUCCUGUCGCAGGGCGGAUACUACGGCUCGGGCAAGCAGCUCAACUCCAUGUUCGCCAAGGUGCGGGAGAUGCUCCGGAUGCGGGACUCGAACGGCGCGCGGAUGCUCACCCUCAUCACGGAGCAGUUCAUGGCCGACCCGCGCCUCUCCCUCUGGAGGCAGCAGGGCACGGGCAUGACCGACAAGUGCAGGCAGCUGUGGGACGAGCUGGGUGCAUUGUGGGUGUGCAUCGUGCUGAACCCGCACUGCAAGAGCGAGGAGAAGAGCGGCUGGCUGCGGCAGCUCAAGAAGUGGAGCGACAUGGACGUGUGCCCCCUGGAGGACGGGAACUACGGCAGCGAGCUGCCCAACAUCACCAACGCCCUGCCCCAGAGCAACCUCAACCAGGACUCGCUGGCCCGGCCCAGGAGGACGGUGUUCACUCGGGCCAUGGAGGCCUGUGACCUGCACUGGCAGGACAGCCACCUGCAGAGGAUCAUCAGCAGCGACUUCUACAUGUCCCCCUCCUACCAGAGAGAGGGGGAGAGCCUGCUCUUCAACCCGCAGGGCCUGCCGCUGUGGCUGGAUCACGUGCCCACUGCGUGCGCGCGCGUGGACGCGCUCCGUUCCCACGGCUACCCCCGCGAGGCGCUGCGCCUGGCCGUGGCCAUCAUCAACACCCUGCGGCUGCAGCAGCAGCGCCAGCUGGACAUCUACAAGCACCAGAAGAAAGAGCUGCUGCAGAGGGGCGUGACUACCACCACCAAUCUGGAGGGCUGGGUGGGCCACCCCCUGGACCCCAUUGGCUGCCUCUUCGGCACCCUGACGGAGACCUGUCGCGUGGACGAUGACAGCGCCAUGGACACCGGAGAUUCCGGGGAGCCCAAGCCGCCGGUGUACCACCACGUGCCCGUGUGGGGCAGCCCGGACGGCGGGGAGUCCUACCUGGCGCUGGCCCUGGAGGUGGCGCUGAUGGGCAUGGGGCAGCAGCGGGUGAUGCCCGAGGGGCUGUACGCCCAGGACAAGGUGUGCCGGAACGAGGAGCAGAUCAUCGCCCGGCUGCAGGAGAUGGAGCUGGACGACCUGCUGGUCCAGGCGCUGCGCAAGCAGGCCGUCCUGCUGCUGGAAGGAGGCCCAUUCAGCGGGCUGGGCGAGAUCAUUCACAGGGAGAGCGUCCCCAUGCACACCUUCGCCAAGUACCUGUUCUCCGCCCUGCUGCCGCACGACACCGACCUGGCCUACAAGCUGGCCCUGCGCGCCAUGAGGCUGCCGGUGCUGGAGUCCACGGCUCCGUCGGGCGACGUCGGCCACCCGCACCACGGCAUCUCCAUGGUGCCCAGCCGCUACCCCCGCUGGUUCACCCUGGGGCACCUGGAGUCUCAGCAGUGCGAGCUGGCCUCCACCAUGCUCACCGCCGCCAAAGGUGACAUGCUGAGGCUGCGGACGGUGCUGGAGGCCAUCCAGAAGAACAUCCACUCGUCCUCGCUCAUCUUCAAGCUGGCCCAGGACGCCUUCAAGAUCGCCACGCCCGCCGACAGCCCGCCGGACAUCACGCUGCUCAACGUGGCCCUGGAGCUGGGCCUGCAGGUGAUGCGCAUGACCCUGUCCACUCUCAACUGGAGACGCAGGGAGAUGGUGCGCUGGCUCGUCACCUGCGCCACCGAAGUGGGCCUGCGAGCUCUGGUGAGCAUCCUCCAGGGCUGGUACACCCUCUUCACCCCCACCGAGGCCACCAGCAUCGUGGCGGCCACCGUCAUGUCGCACAACACCAUCCUGCGGCUGAGCCUGGACUACCCGCAGCGGGAGGAGCUGGCCAGCUGCGCGCGGACGCUGGCGCUGCAGUGCGCCAUGAAGGACCCGCAGAACUGCGCCCUGUCGGCGCUCACGCUCUGCGAGAAGGACCACAUCGCCUUCGAGACGGCCUACCAGAUCGUCAUCGACGCCGCCUCCACCGGCAUGACCUACUCGCAGCUCUUCACCAUCGCCCGCUACAUGGAGCACCGCGGCUACCCGCUGCGAGCCUUCAAGCUGGCCUCCCUGGCCAUGACGCACCUCAACCUGGCCUACAACCAGGACACGCACCCGGCCAUCAACGACGUGCUGUGGGCCUGCGCCCUCAGCCACUCGCUGGGCAAGAACGAGCUGGCCGCCAUCAUCCCCCUGGUGGUGAAGAGCGUGCACUGCGCCACGGUGCUGUCGGACAUCCUGCGGCGGUGCACCAUGACGGCGCCGGGCCUGGCCGGCAUCCCCGGCCGGCGCAACUCGGGCAAGCUCAUGUCCACGGACAAGGCGCCGCUGCGCCAGCUGCUGGACGCCACCAUCAGCGCCUACAUCAACACCACCCACUCGCGCCUCACGCACAUCAGCCCCCGGCACUACGGCGAGUUCAUCGAGUUCCUCAGCAAGGCGCGCGAGACCUUCCUGCUGGCGCAGGACGGGCACAUACAGUUCGCCCAGUUCAUCGACAACCUCAAACAGAUCUACAAGGGCAAGAAGAAACUGAUGAUGCUGGUGCGGGAGCGUUUCGGCUGACCCCUCCCCUCCUCCCCCCCCCCACCCACGCUCGUUGCUAGGCAAGAGGGGGGAGGGGGGCGGGCGGGGACAAGCCUCCAGAGGAUUAUCGUCCUGACUUUUUUUUUUCGUUUUUGUUUUUCUUUGUGAUUUUCUUCGAGUAACCACCGUUCACGACGUCGUUCUACCAGGUAGAAAAGUUAUUGGAGGGGAAAGGAUGAAAAAAAAAAAAAAAAAAAACUACUACAGGUGUAAACAGCUGAAGUGUUUUUUUCUACGUUUUCAUUUAGAAAAAGAAGAAAAAAUUUACAAAAAAAAAAUAAAUUGUACAAAAAACAAAAACAGGAGUGGCACAUAAAGAGGGGGAAAAAAACCAAAUGGCCUGUGGGAUACGGAGCCACAUAACGCUCCCUCUCGUGGCGCGCGCUGGUUUUUUUAUUUUUUAAUUUUACUUUUUUUAUUUUUUUUUUUUUUUUAAAGGAGUUUCUUGAAAACAUCGAAAGAGUCAUACCAAAACGUUGGCAGGGCAGAGUGACAUCAUCGUACCUCUAUUGUAUUCCAAGGAUCAGCUUUAAGGCCCUGGGAAGAGUCUGGAAGGUUGGACCGGGGCGGCAGGGUAGUGGAGGAGCGCGAAGCCGUUAGCGCGCAGCACCAAAACGCCCGUCUGAAACGACCCUCCGCCCCUCCGCCCCGCCGCUUUCCGGGCUCUCCACCAAGCCGCUACGAGUGUGCAUCCUCCUCCUCCUCCUCCUCUUCCUCCUCCCUUUUAUUUAUUCUAGUUUGUGUUAGUAGCUUUUUCCACUUUCGAUGAAGGUACUUUUCAGCAGGAAAUGAAAGAAAUUACCGUAUUACUCCAAAUGAAUGCCCCCGCGCGUUUUUACCCCACUCGUGUGGCGUUGGGUAGCCGAGGCGCUCGCAGCGAGGGUUGUGUUAAUGUCUGGGGCAGGUGGUUGUGGCACCGCUUAAAUUACAUAGCCGAAAAACGCCACCCUUCAUCCCCGCCGCUGAGACCCAGCACCACCCUCGAGUGUUUCCGAAGGCGUUCCUCGCGGAAGGGGGAGGAGGAGGACCAGGAGUCGGCCAUGCUUCCUAAAUCCAGGCCUGUUAUUAUGUACACGCAGCCAAUUUGCUCAAAUUACAUGUAAUGGUUUCACUUUCCCUUCUGUGGCGAUUGUGAGUGUGUAAUAUAUGCAGUGGGCGAGCGGGCCAAACAGGAGGCAGGAAAACGAGCUGGGAUAUCGACCUCAGAGAGGUGCUCGAUGUUGACGUUAGCGAAGCCUGCAGUUUGUUUUAACUUGUAUACGAACGCGCGAUUAUGUAAGCGUACAGUUCAGACGCGACUUCGUUACGAAACUGAGGAAAACUGUCCUGGUUUGAGACAUUUGUGCGGAAGUGUCUUCACUCCUGAACUCCUGAGUUACCCCCAGCUGGUUGGUAACAUGCAUCCAACACCCUUAAAAGCUCUGGCUGUUGUUUGAGGUAAUACGGUAAAGGAACGAAAAAUAAAGAUGCUAAAUGCUAAACUCCGUUCUCAGGGAAUCACUUAAAGAAACGAAACAAAAAAAAAAUGGUAGCAAAAGCAUUUAUGAUAUUGUAAAUAUGAAAGUGUCAAUUCAAAAAAUUGUAAAGUUAUAAUUAUUUAUGAUAAUUGUAUGUCUUUUUUUUUUCGGAUACUUGAAUUUGUUGUGGGCUGGGAAUGUGAUUAAGACAUUAAGAGGAAAGACUUCAAGACAUUUCUCAGGUGCUCCUGUGUUUUUCUCAUUUAUUUUGUAUCUUUAUUUUGUUUUUAUUUUUGCAAUAUGUUGUGCAAGAGGAAACAUGUAAUAUAGAGAUUUAAAAAGGUGAAAAAAAUAAAUAAAACACACAAACGGAAAGCACCAGACUAUGCAGAACCACUUAGUCAUUUUCCCCUCCCCCCAUGCCCACUUCUGAUAGGGGGGAUCUGCUGGGGUCAAGGUUCAUGGGGGCGUGACCCAACACCCCUGCACCGAGCUGAGAACAUGGCAGCACGCCUGUGUGUUCACAGUUUGCCCAUAAGGCCAGUCGGGUUGGACUUUACCUCAGAAGGAGAGGUACAUUCUGUUCAUUUUGGACUUUAGCCGUAGUGUCUUCUAAUUAUCUAACAGUACGGCUAGCAGUUGAUUUUUCAAGAGAAACAGGGUUUCUUUCUGUCUUUCACCACCCAUUGCACUCUUUCAGCCCCCCCCCCCCCCAUUGUAACAGUUUUGUGGGGUGCAACCUGGGCAUUGACUGCUUACAGCUCCCUCAGCUUUUCAAUAACCCCCCCCCCCACCCCACCCCGAGUGAAACCUUUGUCCUGAUAUUGCUAAAUUCACAGGAGACGUGCAAGUUGAAAACGUCAGGGUGGCAUUUUUCAAGUGGCCAUCGUUUUCUGUCCCCCCCUAAGAUUUCGUUUUUUUAAAUUGAUUAAAUAUCCCAGUUUCCUACGCCUUCCCAGCAUUCCUCCGUAGGUUCAGUGCUGUUGGCCUCUCUUCUCUCCUCGACCUCUGGAGUUUGAGGACUUGGCCCCGGACGAGUCUGUUAUCAGCCGUGUGCAAACACAAUUAGGACAGCUGCCAUCGGAGCGGGACACCCGUUAGCCGAGCAGGAGGAGAAAUAAAGGCCCGUCUUUUUCUUUUGAGGAAAAAAAAACGUGCUUUUUUUUUUUCCAAACUGUGCUGCAGUACAUUUUAGAACUGCCUGUUACAUACACAUCGAACUGAGCAAUGUUUCCUCUCUGCUUCCUGUUCUAUAGUUAAACUAGCUGGUCCAAUAGCAUCGCAAAAAAAAAAAAAAGGAAACCAUUUUAUUUUUUUCCUUCUGGUUUUGAUUUUUUUUUUCUCUCCCACACCCUAAGUGUCUAUAUGUGUACCAGUGUUUUGACCUGUCCCUAGAAUUUAGAAGGAAAAAAUAAGCGCUGGUAGAGGUUGUUCACUAGUUUAUCUACUGUUUUAGACUUUAAUUUAAGAGAAAGUGUUUGUCGCCUCUUUGUGCUACUGAAUAAAAAAAAGGAAGGUAUCCAGUAUUUGUUGCCACAGAAGUAUCGUCCAUCAACACUUUUUGUUUGUGCAACCUCUUGAGCUAAUGUCUAUGAAACAAAAAGUUUAUUACUAUUUAUGUAAUGCUACUACCAUUUUAUAUGAUUUGUGUUGGAAUCUCAGUGCUUUUCUAUGAAUAAAGUGUGAAACACA